AUGUUAAAUUUGCCGGCGAUUCCAAAAUUUCAAGCAGACUCCGACCAUAGCUCAUUGGCAACCAGAUGGAAGAAAUGGCGUGACCGAUUUGAUGUAUACAUCCUGGCUUUGGGUGUUAGGGAUGAUAAACAAAAACGUGCAUUACUUCUACACCUUGCAGGUGAAUCAGUUCAAGAAGUUUUCGAUGGUUUAUCUGAUACUGGCGAAGAUUUUAAAACGGAGUCUGAUAAAUUGAAAGAAUAUUUUGAACCAAAGAAAAACAUCAGAUUCGAAAGAUAUAUUUUCAAACAACCAAGUCAGAAUUCAGUCGACUCACCAACCAACAGCAAGCAACCGCUUACUAAUCUAACCAUUGCUGGUGUAACCAUUCCUGUUAUCAUCGACACUGGAGCAUCAGUCGACAAGGAAACAUAUCAGAAAAUCAUCAAGCAUAAAGCGUUAGAGUUGAGAACACCAAAAUCUAAGAUCUACGUAGCAACGCCACAUUCUACAACCGGUGUAUCACCAGCUCAACUGUUGUUUAAUCGUCAAAUCAAAACCAAACUUCCAGAAAAUUCAUUAGAAACACCAAGUGAAGACAACCACCAGAAAUUGGCUAGAAUAAACGAUAAAGCUGCCAAAUGUAAGAUGAAAUCAUAUGCAGAUCAAAAGUUCCAUGCCAAAUCAUCCGAUCUCAUGCAAGGAGACUUGGUAUUAGUGAAACAGAAUAAAGUCAAUAAAUUGUCUACGCCUUUUAGUGCUGAACCAUCCGUUGUAUUAGAUGUUAAAGGAUCUAUGAUUACACUGAAACGACCUAAUGGUAAAGUUUAUGCAAGAAACAGCUCGUUACUAAAAAGAGUACCAACUACGUCAAAUCAGCUCAAUAAAGCAACAUCCGAUUCUGAAGAUGACAUCGAGGAUGAUAGUUAUGCUCAACGACCAAAUCCAGUAAUUCCACAACCAAUGAGAAGAAACCCAAGAAGACAUCGUAAUAGACCCCGUUAUCUAAAUGACUAUGUUUAG